AUGACUGAUACGAAGGAGAUAAGUGCCGAGCCAAAAGAAGACGUUCCCUUCCUGGAUAAAUCCUUUUCGGACCCGGAGAAGUCAACAAAGUCUCCCGAAACUGAACCCAUCCCUGAAGACGAUAGCAAAGACACUCGCUGUGGAUUUUGGAUAUGCAAGGGGCCAUUCCUUCAAAGAUUCGCCACCGAGAAAAUGUAUGUGGUGCUGUAUGGCUUUGCCGGCUGUGUUUUGGCAAUGACCUUCGCCUACUUCAAUGGGACUAUUACGACCAUGGAGAAGCGCUUUAAAAUCCCAACAAAGAUAUCAGGCAUCAUCUCGGUGGGGAAUGAUAUCAGCACCAUGUUGACGGCGGCAAUCAUGGGUUAUUACGCUGGAAAUGGGCAUCGACCCCGCUGGAUGGGUGUAGGUUUGCUCACCUUCGUGGCCUUUUGCCUGCUGUCCAGCUCCUUGCAUUUCAUCUACGGCGCCGGAGAAGAUGCACUUAAACUAACCAGGGAAUAUGGCCAAAUUAAUGAAACCUUGGCUCAGAAGGAGAAAGAUCAGAAAGUGUGCCAGACAAGUGCGGCUGGUUGUAUCCAGGAAGUUGGUCAGUGGGUGCCGCAACUUAUCCUGUUUGUGGCUCAAUUGAUUUCGGGAGUUGGUCAGGCUCUUUUCUACACUUUGGGCAUUGCCUACAUGGAUGAUAAUGGCACCAAAUCUAAGACUCCUGCUAUGUUGAGCAUGUCAACUUUCCUGAGGAUGCUGGGACCUAUUUUCGGCUACUCCCUGGCCACUAUUUGCCUGCGUUUGUACAUUGAACCAACCUUGGAUCCUCUUAUUGGACCAUCCGACCCUCGCUGGUUGGGUGCGUGGUGGUUGGGCUGGCUCUGUUUGGCAGCCAUUACUCUGCUUUCUGCGAUUAUACUUUUUAUGUUCCCCAAGGAGCUCCCCAGUGCCAAGAAGCGACGACUCCAAGUGAAGCAAACAGAAAGCAAUGAUUUCAAAGAACUCUCCUUCGUCGAUAUGCUAAAAACGGUCAAAAGACUGGCCAAGAACAAAGUGUAUGUGUUCAACACCGCGGCUUCCAUUCUGUAUUUCUUUGGCUAUAUGGCCUAUUGGAUAUUUACCCCCAAGUAUAUAGAAACCCAGUACCGACAAUCGGCGGCCACUGCUACCAUGGCCGCUGGGACGGUGGCUUUUGGAUUUUCCGCCGCUGGAGUUCUGCUCUCCGGGUAUAUAAUCUCAAGGUACAAGCCAAGUGCUCGGUCCAUGGCCGCCUGGAAUGCUAUAGUUGACUUCAUGACGGUGGCUGGUAUCCUGUGCUAUGUGGCCAUAGGAUGCGAAGGUAGUGAUAGGAUGAACUCUAUGACUACAUUGCUCGCUGGUGAUAGCUGCAGUGCCUCAUGUCACUGUGAUUAUGUGCAUUAUGCUCCCGUUUGCAGCCCGGAAAAUGUCACCUACAUCUCUGCCUGUCAUGCCGGAUGUUCCGAGCGGACAAUGGAUGACCUGGGUAGGACCAUAUACACUGGCUGCAAGUGCAUUAGUUCCCCGUCUUUGAUAUCUGAGCCUCAGGUAAGAUAUCCAUUAAUUGCUAAGAUUUCUUGUAUUUUGAAAUCACUGAUAUUUCAGCACCUUUAUGCCGUGGAUGGCACCUGUCCCGUAGACUGUUUUAAUCAGUUCCUAACUUUCUUGGCCGUAAUGUGUUUCCUGAAACUCGUUGGCGCCUCCAGCAAGUCCACAAACCUACUCAUAGCCCUGCGAUGUAUUUCUCAAGAGGACAAAACCUUUGCCCUGGGACUGGGCUCCAUGGUGGCGUCUCUACUCAGCUUCAUUCCUAGUCCCAUUUUCUUUGGCUGGCUGAUAGACAGCUACUGCUUGGUUUGGGGCAAGACCUGUUCCAACAAAGGAAACUGUUGGCUCUACGAUACCAAGUCCUUAAGAUACUCCCUAAAUCUAACAGCCGCUUCUUUUAUAUUUGUGGCUGGUUUUCUGAACAUUGCCGUUUGGUAUUAUGCCAAGAAUCUCAAGAUAUUCGAUGAGGAUGAGAGCCCAAAAGAAAUCAACAUAGAAAUGAAGGAAAAAAGUGUCCAAUCUAAUAGUAAGAAGUAAGAAUUAGACUUCUAUGUAGUAACUUUGUAACUAUCUGUUAGCUUUGAAUAAAAAUUCAGUCGUCCCACACCU